AUGGGCGGCGGCGGCGGGGCCGCAUUUAAGCGGCUGGGGGACGGCGCCCGCCUCCAGCGCGUCCUCUGGCUCGGCUCCCGCCGGGCGCCCCGGGCUCCGCCUGCGGGGGGUCGCGCCGCGCCGCCCCCGCCCCCGCCGGGCCAUGCGAGCGCGGGCACCGCCGCGAUGAGCUCGUCCAUUGCCAAGAGCGAGUCCAAAACGUCGCUGCUGAAGGCGGCGGCGGCGGCGGCGGCGGCGGGCGGGGGCAGCCGGGCUCCCCAACGCUCGGCGCCCGGCUGCCCCGGGACGCCGCCGCCGCCGCCGCCGCCGCCGCCGCCCGGGGACCCCAGCUCGCGGAGGCCCCUGUGCCGGCCGGGGCUGCGGGAGGACGGGGCUCGGGGGAGCUGGCGGCGCCCCCCGGCCCCGGGCAGCCGGGAGUCACCGCCGCUUCAUUCUCCGCAGCCCCUCGGGCGGGAUGGGGAGGAACGGGGGCUGUCCCCGGCGCUUGGCCUCCGGCAGCGCUCCCGGGAGUCCUUGCGGGCGGCCGGAGCCCGAGCCGGAGCCGCGGUGCCCGAGGCAGACCCGUUCCUCCACCAGCUGCGCCCCAUGCUCAGUUCCGCCUUCGGCCAGGACAGAGAGCUUCGACCAGAGGAGAUUGAAGAACUAAGAGAAGCCUUCAAAGAAUUUGACAAAGACAAGGACGGCUACAUCAACUGCAGGGACCUGGGCAACUGUAUGAGAACAAUGGGCUACAUGCCUACAGAGAUGGAACUGAUUGAACUCUCUCAGCAAAUCAAUAUGAACUUGGGAGGCCAUGUGGAUUUUGAUGACUUUGUAGAGUUGAUGGGGCCAAAACUCCUGGCAGAAACAGCAGAUAUGAUUGGGGUAAAGGAACUUCGAGAUGCCUUCCGAGAGUUUGACACCAAUGGUGAUGGGGAGAUCAGCACCAAUGAACUCCGGGAGGCCAUGAGGAAGCUACUGGGUCACCAAGUGGGUCACCGUGACAUCGAGGAAAUCAUCCGGGAUGUGGAUCUUAAUGGGGAUGGGCGUGUAGAUUUUGAAGAAUUUGUGCGGAUGAUGUCCCGCUGAGGGUCCAGGGACCUGCAAGCGCUGACAAGAUGGCAGAGGGAGAAAGAAGAGAGCACCUCACCCCACCGUUCCUAUGUACAGGACGUCCAGACUGAGCCUGUCCAAGCUCACCAGAGGUGCCCCAUCCCGGAGCCCCCCACCCUUCUGCACUGUGAAAGACUCACAAUCUCCUGCAACUGGAAGCGGCAGUGCCCAUGGAUGAGGUGGCAGUGCCAAGGCAGGCGGAAGCCAUGCAGGGACCCAGCGACCCCUCACCCCAUCAUUGCUAAUGGUGAUUGGGCAAGGGACAUCCUGCCAGCAGACCCCCCCACGUGGCAUGUCUCACCCUGAGCCUAAGCCUCCCAUAUCCUUUCCCCAUCCUCCUUACCCUACCUUAGCUCCCCU